GGGAAAAGAGUGACGGUCUGCCUUCCUGCGAUUGGUUUACAGCUGCUAGUAGGACGCACUGGAGCGCCGGCUUCCACCCGCUUGCGCAAGACGCCAUUUUGGAGUAACGGCCAGUUCAACGGAAGAUACGUAAAAGCUCCGCAAGCGAGCCUUUGACCAGCGUCGUCGCCAUGGGCAACAUAUUUACUAGCGUCUUUAAGGGCCUCUUUGGCAAGAAGGAGAUGAGGAUCCUCAUGGUGGGCCUGGACGCCGCGGGGAAGACCACCAUCCUUUACAAGCUCAAGCUGGGAGAAAUUGUCACCACCAUUCCCACCAUCGGUUUCAACGUGGAGACAGUGGAAUACAAGAACAUCAGUUUUACCGUGUGGGACGUGGGCGGUCAAGACAAAAUCCGUCCGCUGUGGCGCCACUACUUCCAGAACACCCAAGGUCUGAUCUUCGUGGUGGACAGUAACGACCGGGAGCGCGUCAACGAGGCCCGCGAGGAGCUGUCGCGUAUGCUGUCGGAGGACGAGCUCCGAGAAGCCGUCCUGCUGGUCUUUGCCAACAAACAGGACCUCCCCAACGCCAUGAACGCCGCCGAGAUCACAGACAAGCUGGGCCUGCACUCGCUGCGCCAGCGCAGCUGGUACAUCCAGGCCACGUGCGCCACCAGCGGGGACGGCCUCUACGAGGGCCUCGACUGGCUCUCCAACCAGCUCAAGAACCAGAAAUGAGCGCUCCUCUUCUUCUUUCUUUGUUCUCUUUCCGCUCACCGCGCCGGCGCCCCGUCUGACACCUGAACCCCCACCCUCCCGCACACAUACACACGUUGCAGGGGUCCGCUGCGGGUUAGGAUGGGAAUAACAGUGGCGCGCCUUUGGUGCCCGUUGGACUCCCCAACCUCCCUCUCAGCCGGCACUCUCCCUUCCUCCCCUCUUCCUCCUCAGAGGAAGCAUGGUUUUCAAAGCCCCACCCCUAUCUCCCUAAACUGUAUUCAAUGCCUGAUUGCUAGAUGUCAUUUCACCCCGUAUGAAGCGUUUAACCUGUAUCAGGUCAGAGUUCACAGCCCCCCCUUGACCCCCCCCCCCCCCACACACACACACACACACACUUCCCCAUCAAUCAUGAAAAUCAUGCUGUCUCUGCAAUCACACCCUACACCCCAGCACAAGGCGCGUUUGUGGCAGGAGUCAACAAGACUGUGAUGAGCUUCAUUGUCAACAUUUGAAAGCAACUUCUCUUUUUCUUGUUCUUCUCGUUCUUCCUGUCACGCAAUUCUAUUUGUACUUUUGACUGCGCAACCAAACAAAAGCGUCCGGGCAGUUUGGACACACACAAACAAACAAACAAAAACAAGAAAAGGACAAAAAAUGUGUCCACCAGCCAGCAUGUUUUCAGGUCUAGCGGUCGCCGUCUGGUGUGGAUGAAGGAUUUGGGCAUCGGGUGAGGCCGGCUGCUGGUGGAGUCGGCUCGGCUGGGCUCAGGUCUGUUUGGGGAGCUUGUGAGGCGAGACCUCGUCGCCCCGUCCCGCUACAAUGAUUGUAAAUGUAUAAGGUGUUUGUGUGGGCUUUGCUCAACAAAUGCAAACAUGAUUUGGUCCAGGAAAAAAAAAAAAAGAAAGAAACGCCAUGACGUGGUCACGCACCGCAAAUGUCGCCCCAACGGGUUGUGUAUCAAACCAGGCCGCCAGGUGGCGCCAAAGAAGCGUCAACGAGAUUGCAAAUGUUAAUUUGGGCCACAGUCCGCGUUUUCAUUUCUCGUCGGAAUAAAUGUUUAUUUGUACAACACUCAGCUUUUCAUUUCAUCUUACUUUCAUUCUUACGUCUCCUCGAAUGAUGGUUUUGUUUCAUUAAAUGUUUAACGUUA